UAAACCAGCACCAAAAGUUGCUAGCUACAGCUCAAGGGGGCCAUCACAAAGCUGCCCUUUUAUUCUCAAACCUGACCUGAUGGCUCCGGGCGCAUUAAUAUUAGCUUCAUGGCCUCAAAAAUUAUCGAUAGGUGAAAUUAAAACGCGAAAGCUUUUCAGUAUCUUCAACAUUUUAUCUGGUACGUCGAUGUCAUGCCCUCAUGCUGCUGGUGUAGCAGCACUUCUGAAAGGGGCCCAUCCUAAAUGGAGCCCUGCUGCCAUCCGCUCGGCCAUGAUGACCACAGCCGAUUCGUUGGACAACACGGGUGGGCCCAUCCAAGACAUCGGUAACAACAACAAUGCUGCUAAUCCACUAGCCAUGGGAGCUGGCCAUAUCAAUCCAAACAAGGCGCUAGACCCCGGACUUAUUUACGACAUGACCCCACAAGACUACAUAAAUCUUCUCUGUGGUCUAGAUUUUACAUCCCAACAGAUAAAAACCAUAACAAGGUCCUCCUCAUAUUCUUGUACCAACCCAUCAUUGGACUUAAACUAUCCAUCUUUCAUUGGCUAUUUCAAUUGGAACAGCAGCAAGUCGGAUCCGAAACGGAUACAAGAAUUCAAGAGGACAGUGACUAAUCUUGGAGAUGGUGUGUCAACAUACACAGCAAAAUUGACCUCAAUGGAUGAAUAUAAAGUUAGUGUUGAACCUGACAAGUUGGUUUUCAAAGAGAAGUAUGAAAAACAAAGUUACAAGCUAAGGAUAGAAGGUCCAUUGCUGGUAGAUAAAUUUCUGGUUUCUGGUUCUUUGAGUUGGGUUGAAACUAGUGGUAAAUAUGUUGUAAAAAGUCCUAUUGUUGCAACUACCAUAAGAAUGGAUCCUCUGUGAGAACAGAACUGAUAUGUUGAUGAAUAAUUGUGAAGUAAGAUUAUGUAUUUCUUUUCA